UUGAAAGCAACAGAUUCUGCAGUGAUGGCGGGGAAUUCAGUCUGUUGCUCGUGAUUUAAUCCCUCCCCUCACCCCCCGAUCUGCAGCUUGUGAGACGGAGGGAGAGGGAGAGGGAGAGGAAGAGAGCGGUCCUGAUGCGGUUGGACAUUGGCAAGCUUUAGGGGAGGAGUCAGGCGCGAUGCAGCAUACGGCUCCGGCUACAGCAGUCUCAUGCAGCACUCUAGAGAUAGAGAUGAGAGAUCAACCAACGCAGGCGGUGCUGACGCAUUUUCUCUGCCUGAAGUAACUACAGAAUUUUAAUACUAAAAUCCUCUCUCAGAUACCUGCCUGCUUCACAUGCUCCUCUUGAGUGGCCAUAGCGGCUGACUGAUCCCGAGGCAGAAUCAACUUUAUAACCGCCCGGGAUCAUUGUCUCGUUUUCUUUACAACUACGCUUGAUCUUAUUUUGUAUAUUUUAAGAAGAGCAAUUAAACAAAAGGACACGCAGUGUGUGUGUGUGUGUGUGUGUGUGUGUGGGUCACACACGAGAAGCAUGUCCUUCUAGCGGGUCCGCUGAGACUGCGGAAGGAAACUAUUCCGCUCUGCCUCCUUCUUCCCAGCACCGUCUCUUAAAGGCUUUGACCGUUUGGGCAGCUGUGGACCAUGUCGCGCCGUGCCAGCCUUCUCUCCCCGUAUCGCUAGGGCAAUGGGAUGGUGGAUACUUGCCUGCUUCAAAUCCAGUACCCCAAGUUACCCGGCUGUAAAUGGAGGAGGAGAUUGACACCCGCAAAAUUAACAACAGUUUUUUGCGUGAUCAUAACUAUGCAACUGAAGCUGACAUUAUUUCAACGGUAGAAUUCAACAGCACAGGAGAACUGCUAGCGACAGGGGACAAGGGGGGUCGAGUUGUAAUAUUUCAGAGGGAGCAGGAGAGUAAAAACCAGUCCCAUCGCAGGGGAGAAUAUAAUGUUUACAGCACUUUCCAGAGCCAUGAACCGGAGUUUGAUUAUCUGAAGAGUCUUGAGAUUGAAGAGAAGAUAAAUAAAAUCAGGUGGCUACCCCAGCAAAAUGCAGCCUACUUUCUUCUGUCAACCAAUGAUAAGACAGUUAAACUAUGGAAGAUCAGCGAGCGGGACAAGAGACCAGAAGGAUAUAACUUAAAAGAUGAAGAUGGCAGAAUCAAAGAUCCCUCCACUAUUACAACCCUGCGGGUGCCAGUGCUGAGACCCAUGGAUCUAAUGGUGGAGGCCAGUCCCAGAAGAGUGUUUGCCAAUGCUCACACAUAUCACAUCAACUCCAUUUCGGUUAAUAGCGACUAUGAGACCUACAUGUCGGCCGAUGACUUGAGGAUAAACCUUUGGCACCUAGAGAUCACAAACCGAAGUUUCAACAUUGUAGAUAUAAAGCCUGCCAACAUGGAGGAGUUGACAGAGGUGAUAACAGCAGCAGAAUUCCACCCGCAUCACUGUAAUAUGUUUGUGUACAGCAGCAGUAAAGGAACAAUCCGACUGUGUGACAUGCGGGCCUCAGCACUGUGUGACAAGCACUCCAAGCUUUUCGAAGAGCCAGAAGACCCCAGCAACCGGUCAUUCUUCUCUGAAAUCAUCUCUUCGAUAUCAGAUGUGAAGUUCAGCCACAGUGGAAGAUAUAUGAUGACAAGAGAUUACCUCACCGUCAAAGUCUGGGACUUGAACAUGGAGAACAGACCAUUGGAAACGUACCAGGUGCAUGAAUACCUGAGGAGUAAGCUGUGUUCCCUCUAUGAAAACGACUGCAUCUUUGACAAGUUUGAAUGUGUGUGGAAUGGCUCCGACAGUGUGAUCAUGACUGGCUCAUACAACAAUUUCUUCAGGAUGUUUGAUCGCAAUACAAAGCGCGAUGUCACGCUGGAAGCAUCACGUGAGAACAGCAAGCCCAGAGCAAUCCUCAAACCCCGCAAAGUAUGCAUGGGGGGCAAGCGGAAGAAAGACGAAAUUAGUGUCGACAGUUUGGACUUCAGUAAGAAGAUUCUGCACACAGCAUGGCACCCUUCAGAGAAUAUUAUAGCAGUCGCUGCCACAAACAACCUCUAUAUAUUCCAGGACAAAGUGAACUAGAACAUUUGUCUGACUGGUCACCUUAACACUGCAUAUGAUUAGACAUCAAAUUAUUAUUUUUCAAAGGAAAAUCUGUCCUCUGGAAAUUAACCCAAACAAUAGCUUUGUCAGGUUGUCUGUCUUAAUGAAGCUGUGGGGUGCCUUUUGUUGUGUGGAUUCAGAGCUCCUUUGAUGCAUCCGUUCUAGAACAAAUGGCUUCUGUUCGUAAGACACUGAAUUUCCAUCUACUCCUUCUGGCUUUUAAGGGUGUAAAUAUUCAACACUGUCUUGUAUAUUUUCCUUUAUUUUCCUCAUAGAACUGGGGGUAAAAGCUAUGUUCUGUAUUUUUUUCUCUUCAGCUGUCAAUGCCUUGGAUGUGCUUAUCCAAAUAACUUAUUUGCACCAAUUGACAGCUGCUUCCAGAGACCAUCAAAUCUUAAACCAUAUGUUUAUAUUUUUUUAUUUUCCUUUCUCCAUAAAAUGCACCCUCCUGUUUCUACGCACUCUAGGAUCAAGAGUAAUUCCAUGCACCCGCCAGUAUCCUAUAAUGAAUGAAGUUUAAUGAAUCAGGGAAUUUUCAAUCACAAUUCCUUUAACUAAAGUCUCUCUUAUUUGUGAAUUGACCGGAAGAAUUUUGUAGCUCAGUAUACAAGAGAAUGACAUGUGUUGUUGAACAAGCGAACUAGAAAGCAUUUAACUAUAUUAAUGCCAAUUUGAAAAUAUAGAUUUUUAAAGCCCUGAGGCUCUCAAGGUUCUGUAGGUAGUGUUUUUCAAGUUUUACAACUCUUAUGAUGGGAGUAACUGCAUAUAAUGACUGAACAAAUUUUACUUUUAAAUUGUAUCCUAUUUAUGUCAGAUCUCAAAAUGUCUUUUUGCCCUCCCCCCAGCUUCCCAAUGAUGAAGAAUUCAGUUCUGGUAAUUGAUUUCUUUAUAAUAAGAUCAUAAGACAUAAGAGCAGAAUUCGGUCAUUCAAUCCAUCUGCUCAGCCAUUCCAUCAUGGCUGAUUCAUUAUCCUGCAUUCUCCCCAUGGCCUUUGACACCCUGACUAAUCAAGAACCUAUCAACCUCCACUCUAAAUACGCCCAAUGACCUAGUCUCCACAGCCAUCUGUGGCAAUGUAUUCCACAGGUUUAUUACCCUGGCAAGAGAAAUUGCUCUUUAUCACUGUUCAAAAUGGCCGUCCUUCUAUUCUGAGUCUGUGCCCUCUGGUCCUCGACUCACCUACUAUAGGAAGAAUCCUCCCUAUAUGCACUCUAUCCAGACCUCUCAAUAUUCAGUAGGUUUCAAUGAGAUUACACCCCCCCCCCGCCACCGCCCCGGCACCAUUCUUAUAAACUCCAGUGAGUACUGGCCCAAAGCCAUCCAGCUCCCCUCAUACUGUAUAUUAACCCUUUCAUUCCCAGGAUCAUUCUUGUGAACCUCCUCUGGACCCUCUCCAAUGCCAGCACUUUCUUUCUUAGAUAAGGGGUUCAGAACUUCUCACAAUACUCCAAGUGCAGUCUGACCAAUGUCUUAUAAACCCUCAGCAUUACAUCCUUGCUCUUAUAUUCUAGACCUCUUGAAAUGAAUGCUAACAUUGUAUUUGCCUUCCUUAACACUGACUCAACCUACAACUUAACCUUUAGAGAAUCCUGCACAAGGACUCCCAAAUUCCUUUGCAUCUCUGAUUUUUGAAAUUUCUCCCUGUUUAGAAAAUAGUCUGCACCUUCAUUCCUUCUACAGAAAUUCAUGCCCAUACACUUCCCUACAUAUUCUACCUGCCACUUCCUUGCCCGCUAUCCCAAUUUGUCUAAGUCCUGCUGCAGAAUCCCUCCUUCCUCAAUACUACCUGUCCCUCCACCUAUCUUCAUAUCACCCACAAACUUAGCCACAAAGCCAUCAAUUCCACCAUCCAGAUUAUUGACAUGUACAGGGAAAAGAAGUGGUCCCAACACCAACCCCUAUGGAACACAACUAGUCAUUGGCAGCUAAGCAGAAAAAGCCCCCUAUAUUCCCACUCUUUGCCUCCUGCCAAUCAGCCAGUCUUUUAUUCAUGCUGGUAUCUUUCCUGUAAUACCAUGGGCUCUUAUCUUGCUAAGUAGCCUCAUGUGCAUUACUUUGUCAAAGGCCUUCUGAAAAUCCAAGUAGGCAACAUCCACUGAUUCUCCUUUGUCUAUCCUACUUGUUAUUUUCUCAAAGUAUUCCAACAAAUUUGUCAGGCAAGAUUUCCGCUUAAGGAAACCAUACUGACUUUAGCUUAUCUUAUCAUGUGACUCCAAGUACUCUGAAACCUCAUCCUUAAUAAUGGACUAUAACAUAUUCCCAACCACUGGAGUCAAGCUAACUGACCUAUCAUUUCUUUCCUUUUCCUUCCCUCCCUUCUUAAAGAGUGGAGUGACACUUGUAAUUUUCCAGUCUUCCGGAAUGAUUCCAGAAUCUAAUGAUUCUUGAAAGACCAUUACUAAUGCCUCCACAAUCUCUUCAGCUACCUCUUUCAGACAUUGUAAUGUCUUCUGUUAAUAUUAUUCUGGCAGUUUGCACAGAUUCCUCAGUUUAAUACUUGUACAGCCAGACAUAGAAUGUGGAGUUUCUGUUUCUAGUAUUUAAAACCAGCGGUAUUCAUUUACACCAGAAUACUGUAAAACUACACUGUCCUCUCUGUAUUGUUGGAAGGUUUAACUAAGUAUGCAAGUUUUUUUAUAUUUAUGACUAUUCCCCAGACUUUUACUUGUCCCUAAGUUUUGCUAUGCUGAUUGAAGCUUAAAGGAGGUUUGGUGCUUUCACUAUGUAGCUGAGUGGGUUAAGGGAGUGGGCAAUGUAAUAGUACAUAUCAAGUUUCUCGGUUUGUAUUGAUCUCAUCCACGCUCACAGGUAAGUUAUUGUCCUUCCUACAACCCCAGCUGCUGGGUUAGGGAAGGAGCAAAAAGAAAUCAGAAAAAGCUUGCGAUCAAUGCACAGUAGCCCCGAGUAGAAACUAGUCUUGUAGUAAUGGACCGGUGGAUGGGUACUGAGAGCAGGAUCAGAAUUUAAAGAGCUUGGGUUCCAUCACAAAGAAUUCAUCAAGGAACUGGAAGUGUCUGCCAUCCUUAGAACCAUGCAACAGAGAAAGUAAACAACACAUUCAAGAGAGGGAGAAACCAUUAUUCUUGAAAUGAAUUAUAUAAUAUUAUUACCAAAAUCCUAAGAUCUCAAGAAUUAAUUUCUUUUAAUUAAGUUCGGCAGAAGAAAAAUUAAUAUUUGAAAUUUGUCUUAACAUUUUGAAUGAUGUGCUUAUAAUAGUAUCGCAAAUUAGAUUUGUUGUUCCGCAAACAUUGUUGGAAUGUUUUGUUUUAAAAAGUGACUUCAUUAAAUUCUGCAACACACCAUCAACUACUGUAAAAAGUAAGCUUAUCAAUUCUUAAUCCAAUGAGAUAAUUUUUUCAAGUAGUAGUUGCACAAAAUUUUCUUAGAUUUAGACUGAACUCUACCCUUCAAUGCCCAGAGUAUGAAGUGGACUUGAGAAUCAUAUUGACUAUUUCCUGUUGAAUUGGGAAUGACUUCAUUCUUUACAAUUUUCUAUUCUAAUGUGCCUGUAAUACUAAUUACCACAUAUAACAUGGUUGAUCUGGUCUGUAGUGAUUUAUCAUUUAUAACAUAACUAAACUGGUCAGAGUCAAUAUCUCCCAAAUAAUAGGCACUCGCUGAAAUUUUGUUAAGCUCUCAUUAGACAUGUUACAGAUGAUUACUCAACCACAGGGUUUGAAGUUAAACGUAAUUCAUAUAUGUGCAGCAGUCACUGAAACAUUGAUUCCACUGUCUCAGAGCUUAGCUCCUCAUCCUCAUUCUUUGUUGCGUUGCACUUAGAACCGUGAUGGUAGUGUCUCACUUCACCUCAUUAGACCUUCCAGCAGUGAUCAUUGAAUAACUAUCUAAGAUGGGAAUCUGGAUGAUACAGUAUUUAUUUUACCAGUACAUAUUCAAUGGCACUAAGGCCAGUUGAAAAAUGAGGAACAGUUCUUGACUCAUGAACUCUGAUUAGAGUAACUGAUUUGUAUCAAUGGGGUAGCAGAAAGCCCUUGCCCUUUAAGUAAAAAACAGAAUGAGUUUUUCACCUGAUUAUCUGGAAAUUAGAUCUCAUUAAGCUGCUUAUUUUAGGAGAUCCCAGUUGAAGAUGUAUGGCCCACAGAGUGAAAGUGAUAGCAUCGUUUUCCAAUCACUUUACAUCAAUCCUGAAUGCGGAUGGGCAUUACCCAUUAUGGCCCUGUCUGCCCAACUGAGACAAUGCCAAGGUUGGAUAUGAAUUUGACUGCGGACUUCCCCACCCUAUAUUAUUUUUGUAGAAUUACGGUGGAAAUUAGAUCAUGUUAUACUAAGAUAUUGAUGUCCAUCAAUGGGCAUAUAAGGUCUUGUGGCUCUUGUCCAGACUGAGUCUCAUCCUCAGUUGAUUAUACUUUGGUACCUGAAUUGCAUUGCCAAUUGCGCUAGGCCCUGAUCAAGAAAUAUACGAUGAGAUUCCCAUCCACACAUUGCCCUUUGUCCCAAUGCUAACCUCGUCUCAGGCCCCAAUACCAAUAAUAUGUAAUUGAGAUAGAUGGGGCUUGCAGAGUACAGCUCCUCUCUUUCAUUGCAUGGCCCAUCACCAAAUCAUCCUUCUCCCCUUUCCAUCCAUCCCCUUCCCCAAACUCACCCUCUUACCUGAUCAGUAAUCCGACCAUGGCCAUACCGUAAACCCAAUUAGAGUUUCAACAUAUUGUUCCUUGAGUGAAACUUUCAUGCCAGAUCUAGCCAUCAUUGUGUAGACCUGAUUCACUCAAGAAAAUGUAGGCUUGUAUUGAUUUUGAUAUUUAUGUGUUUUCACAUGAUCUAGGCCACAGUAGUUUGCCGUGCCAAGCUGUGAUUGCGAUACAGUAAAAAGCUUUGCUGUGCGCCACCCGGACAGAUCUUUCCAUAUAUGAAGUACUUUGAGCUAUUUGGAAUGCAGAAUAUAGUGCUACAGUUACAGAGUAAGUGCAGUCCAGGCAGGCAAAUAAAGUUCAAAGGCAUCUUUAACUGUAUGAGAGGUCUAUUCAAAGUCUGAUAACACCUGUUCAGAAGCUGCCCUUGAGCUUGGUGAUGUGUACUCUCAAGGUUUUGUAUUUUCUGCCCAACGGGAGAGGGGAGAAGAAAGGAUGACCAAGGUUGGAGGAUCUUGGAUAAUGUUGGCUGCUUUCCUGAGCCAGCAUUGCCAGCGACCCGUGUUCAUUUCCCGCUGUUGCCUGAAAGGAGUUUCUACAUUCUCCCCAUGACCUCCAGGUGCUCUGGUUUCCUCCCACAGUCCAAAGACAUACUGGUUGGUAAGUUAAUUGGUUAUUGUGUAAAUUGUCCCAUGGAUUAAAUCAGUGGAUUGCUGCACAACACAGCACGAAGGGCCAACAAAGCCUAUUCCACACUGUCUCCCAGUAGAUAAAUAGAAGUGUUAGUCAAACCAGCGGAGGAGAGGAUGGACUGGGGUGUGUUCACAACUCCGUGUUUUCAUAUGAUCUUGGCUACAGUAGUCUGCCGUGCCAAGCUGUGAUACAUCCAUGCUGCCAAUCAUCUCUUGUCAAGUUUUAAUCCCUCUUCAGCCCUUUUCACUACCUCUUCUCUUUAAAACAAUUACCUGUUUUACUUCCAUUAUCAGUUGUCACUUGACUUUGCUCCCGAUACUAAAUCGUUAAUUGGUGGGAUAUUCUUUAUGUACCAAUGGUUUUCAAGAAUAAAUCUCUCAAAUUCACUUUUUAUUCUAUUCGGCUUCUAACCAAUUGGAAAUAAUAUUCACCAUUCACCUAUUUUUUUUCCAAAAGACCAGUUUUCUUGUAUAUGAUCUGCUGGUGAAAUCUAUUUUCCAAGAAACAGAUGAGAAAUACUUUUGAAGCUGACCAUUGGCUUUGUUAGGGCACCAACAUUAGUGCGCUUGCGUGGUGCUGCAUAACUUUGACAGAAGCCAAAUGUUUAACCAAUUUAUUUUAAAUAAGUCAGACCAACUCCAUUUAAACUUUGAAAAUGUGGUUUGAAGACUUAAAGCAACUGUUCUCUACUCUGACCAGAAGUUCCUUUGGAAAUUAUUGUACCAAAGGACUGGUUCAAGCUCAGACUAACUUCAGUAGGUACUUUCAUGGAUCCCAAAACAGAAAAUCUCUAUUUCAGGGACCACUUUAAAAGGACACUGUGUGCAUGUUUUUCCAGUGAUGGCUUAACAAAUUCCAGAACCAAAAUUCAAGGCACCUGCCUACCUGCUACCUAAUCAAUGGGAAAGAUGCCAGAGUUGGUGUUUGAUGCCAUAUACUUGUUUCCAUACUUGUAUGUUUAAAAGAAUGAGGGGUUGGUGGGAGAACUGGACAAUUUCAGUAUUUUCUUUUAAAAAACUCAAGUGAAUUUGCAGUAAAUUAUUCUCUUCUGUAUUACAAUGUUUUUUAUUGCAUGCUAAUUGCCAUGCCCUUUUUUGAUGGGGAAGUUGGUGGGGGGAGGGAUGGGAGAAGAGAUGGGGAAAUGGGGAGGGUUGUCAUGGAUGUGACUAAAGUACUGCUCUGAGCUUUAGGACAUGCUGUGGCUGUUUCGUGUUAGGGGUUUGACCACCUGAUACAAGUGCUUUAUAUAUUGGGAAGGGAAAGGGCAGGUGAGAUUGGCUCUUUAUUGUAUGGGUCAAACAAUUCAGCUGAUGUACCUUCGUCCUUGUUACUGUCUGCUUUUUUUCUUAAUGAAUAAACUGCAGCUAAGUCUG